AGGUUGUCGGUUGAUAUUCUGUGGAUUUUGGGAGCCACUCAAAGAACACGACUUCAGAUGGGUGUUUAUAACAAGAUUUUUGAUGCAGCAAGGCGUCUCAACAGUCACUGGAUUUCUGGAAUAUUGGCUUGACGACAUGGUCGAACUGCCAAACUGCUGGACUGCAACUACGUCGGUGGCCAUGAUGAUGCUGCCAAUGCUAGGGGCGGCAGCAAUAAGCUCUGUGAUUUUGGGGAUCAUCUCUGAUAAAACCGGACGAAGAAAGAUUAUUGUCACUGCCGCUGCCUUUGUGAUGGGCUCAGGCGCUCUUGUUGAUGCCUUUAUUCGAGGUUCAUCUGCCUACUACAUAGCUAUUGUCAUGGCAUUCCUGUUUGGAAUUGGAUUUGGAGCAUUCCAGUCAGUAGACUUUGCUUUGGUGAUGGACGUUUUGCCGAAAGAGAAAGACAAGGCCAAGGACAUUGCCGUUUGGCAUCUGGCACUCAUCCUACCUCAAGCCGUGGCCACGCCUAUCGGAGGCGUGGUCUUAGACCUGUUUCAGAGGGUGAACUGUGAAAUUGGACUCGGAUAUAUGAUUGUGUUCCUGAUGACUUCUGUGUAUUUCUUGUUGAGCGGAAUAUUUGUCUAUAAGAUUCGAAGAGCAAACUGAAGUUAAGAUAUCUGUGAGAAUUGUAUUCACCAGUGCCAAAAUACUUGUAAAAUAAAUUUAUAUAGUCUCUU